AUGUCUUCUGAGCAGCUCCUUUCAUCGGAGGAGCUCGUUACAGACCAGGUCGUUCCCCAGAGGCGAUGCCUUCGAAGCGCUGCAAUGGCUCCAGCCGCUCAACCUGGGGGAAUGCCAGCUGCCGUGUCAAAGCAGGUAGGGAUGGAAAGGGGACGAUCUGAAUGGGCUUUAGAGGCAGCGAGGGCUGCGUACAAUGGUGCUCCGUUGCAGCCGCACGACGCGAACAGCGCGUUUGGUGCUAACAUCUCCGCAGCCAGUCCACGGAAGGCGGAGUGCAGAGACAGAGGCAGGGUGAUUACUGAAGCCACUGCCUCCGUAAGUGCCGGCCUGCACUUUUCAGAAGGGGGGUCGACACAGAAAAACACCAGCACUGCCCUCUUCUCCAAGCUUGCGGAGACGCUCCCGGUGGAUCAAGGCCCUCUCACAUUUUUAACGUGGGAGGACGGCAGUCUGUACUGCGGCAACGUGAAUGGAGGAGCUCUACAUGGAAUUGGCGUCUACAGAUACACCGACUCUUCAGUGUACUGUGGCCAGUGGUCUCAUGGUCGCCUGAACGGCUAUGGCCUCUUUAUCUCCCCCAACGGGUUUCUGUAUAGGGGACACUUCGAAGCAGACGAACAGAAUGGACCUGGCAUUUUUGUGGUUCCUCAAGGUACAGCCUUCUUCGGUCACUUCCGCAGUGGGCGACUGCAUGGCCUCUCGUGUUGUGUGCCGCGCUCUGAGUCCUCACAGCCGCUGCUAGGUGUGUGGCAGGACGGUGAAUUCCACAAGGCAUUUCCCUUGCAUUGUCGAGUUGCUGACUUCUACCGCCGAGCUGCCGAAUCCCUCGACCUUCUUAGCUCUGCCUGGACUCCUCUACCCAUCCCCAUGCCAAGCGCAGCCACUAUAGAGGCUUCAAACGACGACAGGCAGGGCCAGGCAUUAGGCGGCAGAGAUUCACAGCUCUCCGAAACUGCAGUGCUGGAGGCUCUGUGCACGGAGCUCCCGAGCAGCUUACUGCAGCUCACAGCAGCUGCUGCAGCGGAGGAUGCUUUGCAACCUCUGAUUCGUCAAACAAAGAGGCAUGCCUCCGCUUCCAAGCCAGCCAUGAGAACGCGGAAGGCCACUGUGUUGAAACUCCACCGCAAAGGCAACGUAGAAUCCGCCGCUUCCUCUACUUCCAUGGCAACGACUGCAGAAGUUGGCGGCUCCAGCGGAGGUGGCCCCCCCCCCCAACGGGCAACAACCACAAAGGCUCAGCUCCUGCGGUGGGAAAGCGAAGCGCGAAAGCUUCCGCGCAUUCCACAUCUGAAUUAUAAUAGAGUCCUUGGCCGCUGGUAUGCACGAGUUAGGGACCCGGCAAGCGGGCGCCGCAUCUGGAAGGGAUACACUUGCGCAGUUCACGGCUUCUUCCAGGCAAGAGAUAUGGCGAUUGACCGCUUAAGGCAAUUCAGCCAGCUUGUUUCGCCGCUAGCCAACGGCGACGCUAAGGUUGGUGAAUCUGCGGAAGACGUGCCUCCCCAGGCGACUGGCGCCGCCGAGGUCCUGAAGCUCCAGCCUGAACCAGCUGAAAGUGCACCCUGUGUGGAGCCUCCAGAUCCAGCGUUAGCGGAAGAAGUAUGCAGUGUCUCGAACGCCACCUCUCUAGAGGAAAGAGAGGCCUCAGAUGAAGCUCCUUGCAAAACCACUGCUGGCGCUGGCCCGUGUUGCUCUCUCAACGCAUCCGGGUGUGCAGCGUCCGAGGCAGGCUCUGCAGUUCCUGUUGAUGUCUUGGGAGAAUUCAAGCCAAAAUGCGCAGCGAACAACGAACGCCUAGCCGAAGGAUUGCGCACUGGAAAGGAAGUGCUGGCUGUUCAACGCAGCGCUCAUUGGGAUGUCAACACCAUGCGCCCAUUGGUCCCCCUGGCCUCAACUUCAGUGUCCUGUGAAGAAACCACGAAGGAUCGUUCUUCUGCUGGUCCUUCCUCUGAGCUUUCCUUUGGUACAACUAGCUCCGGAGGCACAUGCUUCAAGACGAGUAAGGGAUUUGUGCACGACGGGGAGAGCACUGCAUGUAGCCGCUUGACUACUGCGGAUUGCAUUGAAGGCUCCGUGAAUCGCUGCACCCCUCUGCAGUAUGAAGCUCCGUGA